GAACAGCAUCAAGUGGGAUUGGCUCGGACCACAGGGCCUAUGCAGCCUUCUGUCCCGACAGGCUCAAGCAGCGUGGUCACAGGCACGAGCUCUGGGGGUCCCUUCCUGGGAAACCAACCUCAAGCAGCCAUCAUGAAGCAGAUGCUGAUGGAGCAGAGAGCCCAGCUCCACGUGAUAGAGCAGCAGAAACAACAAUUUUUAAGAGAGCAAAGGCAGCAGCAGCAGCAGCAGAUCCUAGCAGAGCAGCAGUUGCAGCAGCAGUCACAUUUGCCUCGGCAGCAUCUGCAGCAACAGCGGAGCCCGUAUCCAGUGCAACAGGUCAAUCAGUUCCAAGGUUCUCCCCAGGAUUUAGCAGCUGUGAGAAACCAAGCAGCACUCCAGAGCAUGAGGACAUCCCGAAUGAUGGCCCAGAACGCGAGCAUGAUGUCAAUGGGUCCCUCCCAGAACCCAAGCACGCUGCCCACGACCGCAGGCCAGUCAGAUAUGGGCAUGGCUCCCUACAGCAACACCUCCUCCAGCCAGCCAGGAAUGUACAGUAUGAGCACAGGGAUGAGCCAAAUGUUGCAGCACCCAAACCAAAGCGGCAUGAACAUGGCACAUAACACAGGCCAGGGCACGAGGCAGCCUGCCUCUGGACAAGCGGUGGGAAUGGUUGGCAGUUUUGGUCAGAACAUGCUGGUAAACUCUGCUCUUCCCCAGCAUCAGCAGCAGAUGAAAGGACCUGUGGGCCAGGUCUUACCCAGGCCACAAGCACCACGACUUCAAAACCUGAUGGGGACUGUCCCUCAAGGAACACAGAACUGGCAGCAGCGAGGCUUACAAGGUAUACCUGGAAGGACUAGCAGUGAAAUGGGGCCCUUCAACAAUGGCACAACAUACCCAAUGCAGUCCGGGCAGCCACGGCUGUCCAAGCAACAUUUCCCACAGGUGCUUAAUCAGACAGUUGUGGACACGAGUGGAACAGUAAGAGCCCUGAACCCAGCGAUGGGAAGACAGUUGCUGCAACCACUACCUGGGCAACAAGGAGCCAGCCAGGCCAGGCCAAUGGUGAUGCCCGCAAUAAGCCAAGGGGUCCCCACCAUGUCCAGCUUUAGUCAGCCUCCGACGCAGCAAAUGCCAGGUGGUAACUUUGCUCAGAGCAGCCAAGGCCAGGCCUACGAGAGGAAUCCCACUCAGGACCUACCUUACAACUACAGCAGUGAAGGGGCGGGGGGGUCAUUCUCCAGUUUAGCAGAGGGCACUGACCUUGUGGACUCCAUCAUUAAGAGCGGACCAGGGGAUGAGUGGAUACAAGAACUUGAUGAGUUGUUUGGAAACCCCCAGUGAACGGGCUUGUAUAGUCUAGAGCUUUGGUUGUUGCAUUUGAAAAAAGAAAAGAGAGAGUUGGAUGUUCU